AUAGCCCUAUCUUCCCGGUAAAUAUAAUCUCAAGAAGUCUGGUAUAUUAUUAACUGAAGGACACUAUAUAAAUUAUUGCUCUUGUUUUUGUUCUGUCUGCAAGUUAUUUCAUCUAAAACAAACACAUAGGAAGUAUAAGUGGGACAUGCCAAUUCGAAUUGUUGGGAUUUUGGCAAGGAGUUUUCAAUGUCUUCAGAGAGACUCAUUGCAGAAGAUGUUAUGCGGUCUGAUGAACCAAGGUAUGGUUCAACAGCGACAUUGGCAUGGUCUGGUUCCUUCGUACGAUGUGGUGAAAACGAUUCCAUCUUCGAAGAACUUCCAAAGGCAACCAUUGUAUCGGUUUCGAGGCCUGAUACAGGAGAUAUGAGUCCCAUGCUUCUAUCUUACACCAUUGAAGUUCAAUAUAAACAGUUCAAGUGGAGAUUAUUGAAGAAGGCUUCACAAGUUCUAUAUCUACACUUUGCGUUGAAGAAGCGUGCGCUUAUUGAGGAAUUUCACGAAAAACAAGAACAGGUUAAAGAAUGGCUUCAAAGCUUAGGGAUAGUUGACCAGGUUGCGGUCGUGCAAGAUGAUGAUGAACCUGAUGAUGGAGCCUUCCCGUUACACAACGAAGGAAGCUUGAGAAAUAGAAAUGUUCCAUCUAUUGCUGCUUUGCCAAUUCUUCGCCCCACAUUAGGAGGGCAGCAAACUGUUUGUGACAAAGCCAAAGUGGCAAUGCAAGGUUAUUUGAAUCAUUUCCUGGGAAACUUAGACAUAGUGAACUCUAGAGAGGUAUGCAAAUUUUUGGAGGUAUCUAAGUUUUCGUUUUCACGGGAAUACGGCCCAAAGUUAAAAGAAGGAUAUGUUAUGGUGAAGCAUCUAUCGAAAGUCACCGGAGAUGAUGAUGUCGGAUGCUUUCCAUGCCAAUGGUUUAGCUGCUGGAGUAACAACUGGAGAAAGGUAUGGGCGAUUAUGAAACCGGGAUUCUUGGCCUUGUUGGAAGAUCCUUUUGACACAAAGCUUUUAGACAUUAUUGUUUUUGAUGUACUACCAACCUCGAAUGAAGAUAUGAAGUCUCAGGUCUAUUUAGCAGAACAGAUAAAAGAACAUAACCCUUUGUACUAUGCAUUUAGGGUCUCUUGUGGAAGUUGGAGCAUGGACUUGAGAGUCACGAGUAGUGGUAAAGCCAAACAAUGGGUUGCUGCCAUUAAUGAUGCAGGCAUAGGGGCCCCUGAGGGCUGGUGUUAUCCUCACCGUUUCAGUUCCUUUGCUCCUCCAAGAGGUUUGAAUGAAGAUGGCAGUCAAGCUCAAUGGUUUGUUGAUGGUAAAGCUGCAUUUGAAGCCAUUGCUUCUUCGAUAGAGAAGGCAAAAUCAGAGAUAUUCAUUACUGGCUGGUGGCUCUGCCCAGAGCUAUAUCUGAGGCGCCCUUUUGAAAGUAAUCCUUCUUCUCGGCUCGAUGCACUACUAGAAUCAAAAGCUAAGCAAGGAGUUCAGAUUUACGUUCUUCUCUACAAGGAGGUUUCCAUUGCUUUGAAAAUCAAUAGUUUGUAUAGCAAGAAACUGCUUCAUAACAUUCACGAGAACAUAAAGGUGCUGCGUUAUCCUGACCAUUUGUCGACAGGCAUAUAUUUAUGGUCCCAUCAUGAGAAACUUGUUAUUAUUGAUUACCAGAUAUGCUUUAUUGGAGGUUUAGAUUUGUGCUUUGGACGGUAUGACACGGUUGAACAUAGAGUUGGUGAUUGCCCUCCCGUUACAUGGCCCGGGAAGGACUAUUAUAAUCCCAGAGAAUCUGAACCUAACUCUUGGGAGGAAUCAAUGAAAGAUGAACUGGAUCGAGGAAAAUAUCCUCGUAUGCCAUGGCACGACGUCCAUUGUGCUCUAUGGGGACCACCUUGUCGCGAUGUUGCUAGGCACUUUGUUCAACGUUGGAACCAUGCCAAGAGAAAUAAAGCUCUACAUGAGCAAACAAUUCCAUUACUUAUGCCUCAACACCACAUGGUCCUCCCUCAUUACAUGGGAAAUAGAGAGAUUGACAUUGAAAGUAAGGGAGAUGUCAAUCAGAGAGAACUCAGCAGACAAGAAUCUUUUUCCUCACCAUCGCCCUUCGAAGACAUCCCGUUGCUUUUGCCCCAAGAAUCUGAUGGACUUGCUGUUUCUAAUGGAGACCAAAAGUUAAAUGGUCUGUGCAGUAGGUUCGAUCCUUCGUCUCAGAAACAUGGAUUUGAUGCAAGAUCCUCAUCUUCUCAUGAUUUUGAAGUUGACUCCUCAGGUUCAGAAACACAAAUUACGGGUACCGCAGAUGACCAUUAUUGCAUGGAUCCUCGAAGGGUCCUGGAAGCAAAUGAAAUGCCACAAUCAGAUAUGGAAAUUCCUGAUGAAUGGUGGGAAACAACUGUUACUGAUGAAAAUGAAGCUUCUGUAUGUGAAUAUGGAGAGAUCGGUCCUCGUAUACCAUGUCAUUGUCAGGUUAUCAGAAGUAUCAGCCAGUGGUCUGCAGGAACGAGCCAAACUGAAGAAAGUAUUCAUAGUGCUUACUGUUCCUUAAUUGAGAACGCAGAACAUUUUAUUUACAUUGAGAAUCAAUUUUUUAUAUCAGGUCUUGCUGAAGACGAAAUUAUACAGAACCGAGUUUCAGAAGCAUUGUACAGACGGAUUCUGCGAGCGCACAAAGAAGAAAAAUGUUUUCGAGUAAUUGUAGUUAUACCACUCUUACCAGGCUUCCAGGGAGGUCUCGAUGACUUUGGUGCUGCAACUGUUAGAGCCUUAGUUGACUGGCAAUAUCGAACAAUUUCGAGAGAGAAAACUUCGAUAUUGCAUCAUCUGAAAACAAAACUUGGACCUAAAACAUGGGAUUACAUUUCCUUCUAUGGUCUGAGAUCGUACGGUAGACUUUCUGAUAGUGGUCCUAUCGCUACGAGUCAGGUUUACGUGCAUAGCAAGUUGAUGAUUAUAGAUGAUCGUCUUGCUGUGAUCGGUUCAUCUAAUAUUAAUGACAGGAGUUUGCUUGGAUCAAGGGACUCCGAGAUUGGAGUAGUGAUUGAAGACAAGGAGUUUCUUGAAUCAUCUAUGAACGGAGAGCCUUGGAAGGCAGGAAAAUUUGCGCAUAGCCUGCGGUGCUCGCUGUGGUGUGAGCACCUUGGCCUUCAUCCAGGAGAGAUCAGUAAGAUCAAUGAUCCUGUGUUGGAACAAACUUACCGAAAACUAUGGGUAGCAACCGCAGAGACUAACAGCAAGAUUUUCCAAGAUGUCUUUGCCUGCAUCCCAAAUGAUCUAAUACUCUCGAGGUACAUUCCGACGGAGAUAUCAUCUCGUCUUUUGUUCUAUAACAUUGAUAAAUUUCUUUCUCAAAAGAUAUGUUUCCACUUUAAACACAGAGCUGCUCUAAGACAAGACAUGGUCUAUUGGAAAGACAAGCUUGGGCAGACCACCAUUGAUUUAGGUGUUGCACCAGAGAAACUAGAAACUGUAGAGAAUGGAGAAAUUAAAACUGAAGAUCCUAUGGAAAGACUGAAAAUGCUUAAGGGACAUCUUGUUGUAUUUCCUUUGAAGUUCAUGUCUCAAGAAGAUUUGAGGCCUGUAUUUAAUGAGCGUGAGUUCUAUGCUUCUCCUCAAGUGUUUCACUGAUUACAUAUAUAUAUGUAUAUAAUAUAUAUAUAAUAAUCAGUACAUAAUUAGAUGAAAAAAAGAAUUGCAAUUUUUUUCCUAA